AUGGAAACAGAUACAGUGUUGGACAAGGAGUGGGUUUUGAUAAGGUAUAAAAGUAACAACCAGACCAACCGCCUGCAGGAGGCUCUGAACCUCUUCAAGAGCAUCUGGAACAACAGAUGGCUGCGCACCAUCUCUGUGAUCCUGUUCCUCAACAAGCAGGACCUGCUUGCUGAGAAAGUCCUCGCUGGGAAAUCGAAGAUCGAGGACUACUUCCCAGAGUUUGCGCGCUACACUACUCCUGAGGAUGCGACUCCCGAGCCUGGAGAGGAUCCACGCGUGACCCGGGCCAAGUACUUCAUCCGCGAUGAGUUUCUGAGAAUCAGCACUGCUAGUGGAGAUGGGCGCCACUAUUGCUAUCCUCACUUCACCUGCGCUGUGGACACUGAGAACAUCCGCCGUGUGUUCAACGACUGCCGUGACAUCAUCCAGCGCAUGCACCUUCGCCAGUACGAGCUGCUCUAAGAAGGGAACUCCCAAAUUUAACUAAAGCCUUAAGCACAAUUAAUUAAAAGUGAAACGUAAUUCUACAAGCAGUUAAUCACCCACCAUAGGGCAUGGUUAACAACGCAACCUUCCCUUUCCCCCAAGUGAUUUUGCGAAACCCCCUCUUCCCUUCAGCUUGCUUAGAUGUUCCAAAUUUAGUAAGCUUAAGGCGGCCUACAGAAGAAAAAGAAAAAGAAAAAGGCCACAAAAGUUCCCUCUCACUUUCAGUAAAUAAAAUAAAAGCAGCAAACAGAAA